CGCUGCGCCCCACGCGCCUGCGCGGCCCCGCCCCACGGCGCCGCGUGCCGGCCGCGUCCCUCAGCUCGGUGACGCGCCGGGGCGCGGUCACGUAGCGGCGGCGGCGAGCGGAGCCCUGUGGCGCCAUGGCGGGGCCGGGCGGAGGUGCGAAGGAGGACUUGUUGAACGUGCUGGACCUGGCGGAGUACACCAAGAACCGGCCCUGGUGGCGCAAGGUCUUCGCCCCCAGCUCGGGGUCGAGCGCUGAGAAGUACAAUGUGGCCACACAGCUGGUGAUCGGAGGGGUCACGGGAUGGUGUACUGGAUUCAUCUUCCAGAAAGUUGGAAAGCUGGCAGCGACAGCAGUGGGAGGUGGCUUUUUCCUACUUCAGAUUGCAAACCACACGGGAUACAUCAAAGUGGACUGGAAGCUAGUAGAACGGGACGUGAACAAAGCCAAGCAGCAGCUGAAAUUUCACAGCAGUGGUAACAAAAUGUCUCCAGAAGUGAAAAGCAGAGUGGAUGAGGUGAUCAUAUUUCUGAAGAAGAAUGUUAUCCUGACUGGAGGGUUUGCUGGAGGAUUCCUGCUUGGAAUGGUGUCCUAGAAACUGCGCUCAACUCUCCCUUCGUGCCCAGUCUCCCUUGCCCUCCUCUACUGCUGUUCUCUCUCACUUCGAAGUCAAAGGAUGUUGCCAAUAGGCUCAGUCCUUUCUCACAGGUUCCAGCCCUUAUUUCUUACAACACUGCUUCUGAUUUCCAACCUUUUCCUCUGGCUGGGCUGUUGGGGUGCUGGGAUCAGUCUGAAAGCUUAUGACUCCUGGUGUAUCAUUGUGAUUCCUUUCCCUGCCAGAUAUGCCCAGUCCUAAAUUUUCUGAUAAACUGUAGCCUUAUAAACAUGUAGUGGCAGAGAAAUAUCUUAAAUGCGCUUCUUCCCAGGUGCUCAGGGCUCUUACAUGUACAUUUGUCUGCCAGUAUGUGUGUACAACAACUGUCAGCUGUUCACUGCUAUUUAGCUUGCACUUCUUCUGCCCUGGUACCUGGAAUGCCUGUUCUUCCUUCUGCAAGAGAUGGUGUGGUCAAUCCAAAACGUGCUUGGCUGUUCUGGGGAGGAUGCAGAAGUGUCAGGGGACAGCCUGGGCUGUGUCCAGGGCAGGUGGAUAAGGAGCAAGUUCAUGCUCUAUGCGGUGCUGGGGUUUUUCCUGCCCUACCGCUGCAAUUGCAUUGCACGUAGAUGGCUGUUUGGCUUCUUGUCUGCUGUUAUUUAUAACCCUUACUGGAACUGCGGCACUGGCAUUUCUGAUGGAAACUGAGCACUGUGGGUGACUCUCCAGGCCUUUUCCUCAUCAUGUGUUCUGAAAGUCACCAAGCUUCCUGCCCUGUAGAGCACCUCUCUGGCUUGCUAGCCGACUGCUCAGCCUUUGGAAUGUGCUGAGAUGCUCUCUUGUGGUGGGCGGGCUUCCAGAGUGCGUGACCUGUCUGUCAGGCUAGCUGGCUCUGGUGUGCAUUUCAGCUGCGCCACAUACUGUAAAUCACCUUGGGCCUCAGACUGGUGUUUCUAGGUCUACCAUGACCUUCUCUGGCCACUUUGGUGUUGGUGACGCUCUAAGAGCUGUAACGUGUGGGAUGGGAUUGUAGUCAGGAAAUGCAUCCCUGGUUAGGAUACGUUGUACUGAUCUAGGGUCCCUGUUGCCAGCUCUGCUGGAAUGGUGGCAGGGGAGGAUGUCAGAUCUGGACUGCAGUCCUUUACCUGCCCCUGCAGAGCACAGACUCCAUCUCCCUGGCCUCUGCAAGCAACUGAAAUGACAAAACUGUUGGGAAAACCGGGUUGUGAUCUUGUGGGAGUGGCUCAUUUCCGUACUUUCUGCCUUGGUUAUGUUCCCUCCUUGUAUUUACCAUUUCCACAAAAAAUGCUGCUUGCUUAAUUCCAUCAGCCGUGGCUCUUUUCCUGCAGGUGGUGAGGCAGCCCAGAUGCAGAGCUCAGCUGCUUUUGAACAGUCUGUCCCAGUACAGCUGUGUGCAGAGCAGAACUCUUAACCUACAAGAGAAUAUUACAAAAAAGAAAACAAAAAGUCCCUUAGAGGUGUUCUGCAUUGGCUGUGCUGGGCUGGCAUUACCACUUUCUAGAGUGUGGGGACUUGCAUGAUGAUGCAGUGAUGUCCCCCAGCAGGUACAUGUAGGAGUUCUUGCCAAGAAUGUUUUUUUAUGUGGGAGUCAGCCCAUCCUUCAGUGGGAAACUGCUCAGGAGCAACGACACACACAGCUGACUGGGACGCAGCACCUGCUUCAGUGGCUGCACCCCAUCUGCAGUGCUGGGUAAUGCCUUUCUGAUCAUCUGCUGCUGCUCUCAGUACGGCUAGAAAUGGGGAUCUUCCCCCGAGGGCUGCUGGAAGAGCUGGAGCGGUGGGGUUUUCUACCAGAGGUUUUGGGAUGAGCACUUGCCACUGUUUAUUUUGUUUCAGCUCUGUCGAUUGAAGCGUCAGUGUAGCCACACAUUGAUGUAGCUGAAGUUUUCUCACCUUUGGGAUCUGAAAAGAGGCUGCAGGUGACCAGGAAACAGAACUUAUAUUUGUGCCUGUCCUGCCAUCCAUGGCCAAGGAGAACGAUGGAGCCGCUGGGCUCACGUAGUUUUAAUGGUGGUCUUCCUAAAAGCCAUCCAGGACUGCAGGAGUGAUGUGAUCCAGCAAUAGGUCUUCACUGAAUUGGUGUUUGGGAGUGACAGGUGGUGGUGGUGGUUUUGGGAUUAUUUUUUUUUUUGGUAGUAACCCUGCAAGACUGAAAGUGCAUGAAUUGAUACGUUUGUAUUGCAGGAUAUUUCUUCCUGUAGGAAAACAGCGUUGCUGCCUCUCUGCCUGGUGUGUUGCCUAACACAACUUCUUCUGAGAUGCACUAAUCUCCACAAAGCUUUCUCCAAAGACAAAGUUCAAAGUAAAUCAUUAACAGACCUUAGGGAUUUUUUUCAGGCUCAAAUAAGUCACUGUUUCUGCCCAGCCCCAGGGAAGGGUGUCCUGGGUUCUGCUCCGCAGGGUCCCGACCUGCUGCUAUGGAGAGAAAUGGGCCAGAGAGGGAGCUAAAACGCCUCAGUUGCUGCUGGAAGGGGCAGUAAGUGACAAAUUUACAUUGAGUUUGAUAUGAAUGCAGGCAGGAAAUGGACAAGGACAUCAGGAUCUGGCAAAUCUUUCUGCUGUGCCACUGUUGGGCUGGUGGCUGGCAACUUUUGAUGCUGUGGGCCCACACUGGAAGCUUUGAUGCUGAAUCAACCUCUGUGGGUAUGCAUUUUCAUUGUUGCAGGUACCGGGGAUGAGGUGUUACCCCCCCCCUUCCCCAUCCCUGCUCCUUUUGGUCUCGUUUCAACAACUUCUGGCAUCUGUUCUAGUAUGACAAGAUUUAAAACACACUAGGCUUUUAAAGUGUUUUUAUAUAUUGUAUGUAAAUGCUUGUUGAAGUGAUAUUUUUAUUAAACAGUUUUGCUCUAAA